AUGGCUGUCCCAUCUGCGUGGAAGAUAAACCCGACCGCUACAUACGACGUGGGGCAUCGACCUGAAGGCAGAACUAUCACUUUGCAUUCACUGGCUGUCGCGCCCCAUUUCCAGAAGUCGGGUUACGGCAAAACCCUCAUGGCAUACUACAUCGAGCACAUGAUGCAAACGGCACAGGCAGAGAGAAUUUCCAUUCUCACUUACGACAGGCUGGUUUCGUAUUAUGAAAAGCUGGGCUUUACACACUAUGGCAAGAGCCAAUCCGAGUAUGCUGGAGUAGCUUGGCACGAUUUGGCUUACGUAUUCAAUAUUGCGUGA